AUGAUGAGAGCAGCGGGUCGUUAUAGGGCAGCUCGUUUCGAUAUCAGGGAUGGGCCCCACAGUUCCAAGCAGUGCAAAAGCAACUACAUGGACCUCAACUCGAGGAGUGGUUUUGCUCUGGCAAUCUUCUACAUACUCAAGUUGGCUGGUGGUGAUGCCUAUGUUCACUUUGGCAUGAAGUGCUCGUCAUUCAGUUCGAUGAAUGCUGCUUCCAGUGGUCGUUCAGCCUGCAGUAGCACCGGCUUUGAGGAGCACGUGUCAGUGGCCUGCUCGAAUCAGCUGCUUGAGAGGACAAUUUUACUUAUCCUGCUGGCGACGGCAAUGGAUAGCACGUGGUCACUGGAGCAGCCGGGGGGAUCGGUACUAGACUUCUAUCCAGCCUGGAGAAGCAUGAUGAUGGUUCUUUCAGAUUGGGGAGGCCCUUAUGCAGUAAGCAAAGUUCGGUUUUGGAUGGGGCACUUCGGCGCCAAAACGCCGAAACGGCACUAUAUGUAUGCGAACAGCGUGAAGGUGAACCUCUUGAAUAAAGGGAAGUUGUCCUUUGGUUUAUUCAAGCACAACCAGAAAACCGCGAAGUACCACGUCGAUGCCAAUGGCAUCAGGAGGUUUAGUGGAACGAUGCAUCUCCGUGAUACCGAGCAGUACCCAGUCGCAUUCGCCAAGAACUUGGUGCAGAUCUGCGAGAACCUGAAGAAGCAUCGGGCAGGGUGUCCCCAGACUUCGGAAAUUCCUUCGGCUUUAGAUACAUUGUCUUCGUUACCGUCGGACUACCACAGAGCGGAGUAUGAGAAUGCUGCUUUGUAUGAAGUCUACAACUACUUGAGGGGUAGCAAAAGUUUAGCCAUCCCGGAGGAAUGGCGAUGCAUUCUGCCACCAGGGUUCCUGGGCUUCUAG